AUGACAAUGUCUCUAGGAUUAUUCUAUUUUGGUCUUCGAGACACGACUGCUACUUACUCUGUCAACUUCCUCAACUUAAUCCCUAUUUGCACUUUCUUGAUCUCUAUCAUGCUCAGAAUAGAGAAUCUAAAGAUUGAAACAUUGAGUGGUAAAGCCAAGUGUCUCGGGACAAUUGCGUGUGUUGGUGGAGCAUUAGCUACAAGUCUUUACAAAGGAAAGGAAUUUUAUAUUGGUCAACAUCACAAUCACUAUGUUGAUAAGAUUGUGACUGCAACACACAAAACUCACAUGCUUCAUGGGACUUUCUUUUUAAUUGGAUCGUGUUGUUCUUACACAACAUGGUUUAUCAUGCAAGUUAAGUUGGUUAAAGUAUUUCCAUUGAGAUAUUGGGGAACAAUGCUAUCGUGCAUUAUGGCUGCAAUUCAAUCAGCAGUAAUAGGUGUAUUCAUAAAUUCUAGUAAAGAAUCUUGGAGGUUAGAGUGGAAUCUACAACUUAUUACUAUACUUUAUUCGGGAGUAUUGGCUACUGCUGCUACAUUUUGUUUACUAUCAUGGGCAAUUACUAUUAAGGGACCUACUUAUCCUUCAAUGUUCAAUCCUCUUACUCUAGUUUUUGUUGCAAUAUUAGAGGCUAUUGUACUUGGCGAACCACUAAGAGUUGGAACGUUGUUGGGCAUGAUUUUGAUUAUUCUAGGAUUGUAUUACUUUUUAUGGGGCAAAAGGAAUGAAAUGCCACAUAUGUCUCAAACAAAUGUAGCAGCUUCUGAGUUAUCAAUAAGCAUGACUGAUGAUGCUACUGUGCAUAAAUCAACAACAACAAUAGCAUCGAGUUCUUCACCUUAUGAGAGUAUACCGUGAUUUUUUUUAAUCUAUUCAUAACUGCAUGCAUUGUAUGGUGAAUAUGAAGAAGUAGACUAUUAUCGUACUUUAAAAUGAUAAAAUUGUUCAAAUUUAAUAAUGUUAUUUUUAUUUUCAUUCGAGAUUGUUCCUUGUAAGUUGAAAUUGACUAUCAUAUAAAAAGUACAUAUAUUAAGUAA